AAUAAUAUUUUCUUGGACUUCGCUCUUCACUACAGUCCUCGCACUCUUCCCGAGGUCCCCGUUACUCUCUCUCUCUCCCCCCUCCCCUAAACUCGAUCUUAGAGAGAGAAAGAGAGUUGCUUCUUCGUUCUGAGUUCAUAGUCGCUCUCCCCCUCUCUCUCUCCACCCUGAAACCCUAGCGAGCUCUAGAGAGAGAGAGAGAGAGCUCUUGAUUUCUUCAGGCGGUGCAAUGAUCCGCCGGAGUACUCUACUCAACUGAAGCUACUGAUCUCUCUCUGUCUCUUUCCGUCAAGGUGAGCUUUAGCGUUCAGGGUUUAGAGGAGUGAGAGUGGAAGAAAAACGUCGGUCGCUCUAGAAUUAGAUGCUUUCGGGGAUAAUUUUCGAUCCGUUUGGAGUUGAGAUUGUCUUGGGAGAUUUAUUGAAGUAGAAUCUUGAAUGUCGUAAUUCUAAUGGGAGCAAGAAGUUUGGAUAUUUUGUCUGCCUGGGUUUAUAACUGAAGCUAAUGGAGCUGCUUCCGAAAAUUUCCCUGGCUUGUCUCUGUGGAUUUUUCGUUUUACAGUGUGUUUUCUGCGAGGAACCAGCACAAGUAGCAGACACGUUAGUCUGGAGGUGUACAUGUGCUGCUGCUCCCCUAAGAGCAUUAAAUUAUACGCCCACAUCUAAUUGUUCUUCGUCUUGUGAUUGUAUUCCUGAUAGCAGAGGAUGGAAUUGCUCGUGUGUAUCAAAUGGAACUGUUCAAGCCUCUGGAGCCAUUCAUGAUGCUAGUUGUUUUACCUCCUGCAAUUGCACUUCUGGUUCUCCAGGAAGAUCCACUGCUAAAAAGAACUUAGCCAUCAAAGGUGUUAUUGUCAUUCUCUUACUAUGUGUCAUGACUAUUGGUUUUCUCUGUUCCAUUGCAUUUUAUUUCUACCGCAAAGAUAAGUUUUCUGCAAAGCCACCAACAUUAUCCUCAGACAAAGAGUCAAGUUGGAAUAGUCGAACAAACUUAAUUAGCCAGCGGUCUGCUUCAUUCCCAGAGUACCAAGCAAAGAUCAAUUCUCACUUUAAUCCCAUCACAGCAUGUUUCAGAAGGAUUUCUUUCCUUUGUAGAAGUGAAAGGGGAACCUUACCGGGAGCAAUUGUCCAAUUUCCAUUUGUUGAAUUGGAGAAAGCAACAGAUAAAUUUUCAAAUGCUAAUUUGAUAGGCAUUGGAGGAAGCAGCAAUGUUUACCGAGGUCAACUUCUAGAUGGUAGAGUGGUUGCCAUUAAGAAAAUUAAACUGUCUGCUGGGCCCGAAGCUGAAUAUGACUUUCUGACUGAGAUUGAAUUAAUUUCAAGAUUAAACCACUGCCAUGUGGUUCCUUUACUUGGGUACUGCUGUGAAUUCCAUGGAAAGAAUUUCGAGAGGCUCCUAGUAUUUGAGUACAUGUCAAAUGGCAAUUUAAGAGAUUGUUUAGAUGCAUUGCACGGUAAAGAACCCUUGGACUGGACUACACGAGUUAGAAUUGCACUAGGAUCUGCAAGGGGCUUGGAAUAUCUACAUGAAGCAGCUGCUCCAAGGAUUUUGCAUCGAGACAUCAAGUCCACAAACAUUCUUUUAGAUGAAAAAUACAGAGCUAAGAUUACUGACCUUGGUAUGGCCAAGCGUUUGUUGAGCGAUGAUCUUACUAGUUGUUCCAAUUCUCCAGCCAGAAUGCUAGGAACAUUUGGAUAUUUUGCACCAGAAUAUGCCAUUGUUGGCAAAGCAUCACUUAAAUCCGAUGUCUUCAGUUUUGGCGUGGUAAUUCUGGAGCUGAUCAGCGGUCGUCAACCUAUUCAUAAAUCACCUAAUAAAGUUGAUGAGAGCCUUGUAAUAUGGGCAACCGCUCGAUUGCGAGAUAGUAGGUUAGUAGUCACCGAAUUGCCUGAUCCUGUUUUAAAAGGAAAUUUCCCAGAAGAAGAGAUGCAUAUAAUGGCUCAUUUAGCCCGAGAAUGCCUGCAGUGGGACCCAGAAUCACGACCAUCCAUGAGUGAAGUUGUUCAAAUCCUCUCAACCAUUGCACCUGAUAAGGUUAAAAAGAGAAAUUUUCCUUCAGGCCUUAUUAUGAGUUCCUCCUUUCGCAGCAUCAAAAGUGGCCCGCAAACAGAUAAGCGAGCUUCUUCAGUUGAAAUUCCCCAAACAGUUCAAGCAAAUUCAGAAAAAACGCAAGCAAGAUGUUCGCUGCCAUUGGCAGUCGAUCGCAACCUGUGUGAUGACCCAGAGAAGAAAAAUGCACACACGGUUCUAUCAGCUGAAUAUAUGGAGAAAUUGAUCCUCUUAACUUCGGGCACUCGCAGCUGGCGAUCACCAGAUGAUGAGACUGUGGACUUGACAGAGCCUCGCUUUGAAUCAUUUGUUCAGCCAAAUUGUCGAUCUCUUUGAGAAAUUUUACGGAAUAACUAGGAGUUGCAGGUUUUAAUUUAUCUCUAUGCUUAGUUAUACUUUGUACAUAAAACUGAGAGGCGAGGAAAUCUGGAAAUCUCAAGUUAUGUCAUUAUCUGGAGGGCUGUUGUUGUAUAAAAUGUUUUAGCGAAAACAAGCUGUUCUUUGUAGUAGAUAGCGCUCAAGGAAGAAUAGACGACCUCUCAUGGGUUUUAUUUCCGUAGAAAAA